AAUGUCGCCUCCCCCUCCCACGCAUGCCUGGCUUGCAAGCUCUCUUUAAACCGGCAUGGGAUGGUGCCUUGAGAUCGCAUUCCUGCAAAGUGAGCCUUGAGAUCGCGUUCCUGCAAAGUGAGCCUCGAGUCUAGAAGCAAAACGUUAUCGGUGCUUCGGCUGUCUGCUGUCGCUAGCUUGUUAAAGACUGAAGGGCGCUUUUUAGUUGCUCCAUACAUUUUGCUGCUGCUGCUGCUGCUUUGUUUGCUGUAUUCUUUGUCCGACCAGAGCAACAUGGAGCACGACAAAUUAGUUGGGCAAGGCUACAACUAUGGGGCUCCAUCCAUGGCUGCCUAUCCACCAACAUUUGGCUCGCAGGACCCGAUGACAGGAGAAGCGGCAGGUCUUCCAUCCAUGCCUUCGGCGCCGUCGGCACCCCCGCCAAACAUGCCCGGCUACGAGGGGACACCCAUGGGCCCUGACCACAAUGUGCCACCACCUGAUGGGAUGCUGCCAAAGCCGGGUCCACGGCCCAAUGGCCCUCCGCAGACCUACAGCAUCCCGGCCAUCAGCGAGGAGGAGGCAAAGGAGGCGCUGAUGCAGUUUGUCUCUUCGAAGUGCUGCUACAGCAAGGAGCCUGUGAAUGGCAUGGUCUUCACCGAGCUCCUCCCGCACAACACCUACCGGUAUCAUCUGGAGACUUUCACCGAAGAGCGGACCACAGCCUGGGAACACGAGCCGUUCAGCGGGAACCCGUCGGAAGCUGUCCAUUAUGAACCAGCCCCUCUGCCGUGGGACAUCUUGGUCAAUACACCGAGCAUGUUCACUCCGGACAAGAAAAAAGUGCCUGUUCCCAACACAUCUUCUAUUCGGCCUUGCAACGACUGCCUUGGCAUGGCACGCAAGCCGUGCUCAAAGUGCACAGCCCUUGGAAGAGUGACUUGCUGGCAGUGCAAUGGGAGUGGUCGCAGAAUGGGAGAUGAGAUGUGCACGCAUUGCAGUGGGCAGGGUAGAACAAGGUGCAUGACUUGCAGUGGAACUGGCCAGUGCUCCUGCCACACCUGUGUAGGGAAGGGCCAGCUCAAGUUCUUCAUCUCGCUCACUGUCAAGUGGAAAAAUGAGCUUUAUGAAUACGUGGCCGAUGAGCAGACUGGGUUUCCAACAAAACUCUUCAAGGAAGCCAUUGGGCAGCAACUCUUUGUGGACGAGCAGCCGUUGCUGUGGCCCUUGAUAGGAUUCCCAGACCCUGGGAUAACGCAGGCCUCUCAGAAUGCCAUUGCCGAGAUGCAGACCAAGUUCCGCACCUGCCGCAUCAUCCGCCAGCGACACAGGGUGGACCUCAUCCCACUGACGAAGGUCGUGUACGACUGGAAGGGGAUCAGCUACGACUACUUUGUGUAUGGCACUGAGAAGAAGGUGUAUGCACCAAACUACCCUGCCAAAUGCUGCUGUUGUGCCAUCCUUUAAUUCACACGGUAGCCAAGUGUCCAUUGUGUAUAGUUUGUUAUCCUUCGUUUAGCACAUUCGCUUUCGUGAGCAAUAUCCAUAAUAGAGAUAUUUUUUGGGUUAGAUCGCGUAAAUAUAUAAAUGUGUCGUUAAAACCCGCGAACACCCGACACAGCCAACUAGUAAGGGUUGUCACGU